AUAUUUUCUUCCACAAAUUUUACCUUCUAUUCUUCUUCACUCUCUCUCUCUCUCUUUCUCUCUCUCCUUUAACUAAACAUGGCCAUAUCCAAUCUUUUCCUCUCUCCACCACCACCCCUUUUCAGUUUAACUAACAAACUAACCUACAAACUGAACCACCAAACGAAAGUAACCAAACCCAGAAGAACUAGCUUCACUAUAGUUGCCAAAUCCGAAAACAACAAUAACAAUAACUCAGCUGACUAUCAAGACCGCUUAAUCUCAGCCGUUUGUUACUUUUACCCUUUUUUUGAUGGCAUUCAAUAUGGGAAAUAUGUUUUAACCCAAUUUACUCCCAUUCAAGUUCUUGUACAACCACUUGUACCAGCUAUUAAAGUCUUCAAAAGCUUCCCCUUUAAUGGGUUUUUGAUCUUUUUGACUUUGUACUUUGUUGUUGUUAGGAACAAUAAUUUUAGUAGAUAUGUUAGGUUUAAUACUAUGCAGGCUAUUGUGCUUGAUGUUUUGUUGAUUUUUCCUGACCUUUUGGAGAGAACUUUUAAUGUUAAAGAUGGGUUUGGGUUGGAUUUGAUGAUGAGUUUGGAUAGUACUGUGUUUUUGUUCCUUUUGGUUUGUUUGAUUUAUGGCUCUUCUUCCUGUUUGUUAGGUCAAGUGCCCAGAUUGCCCAUUGUUGCUGAAGCAGCUGAUAGACAGGUUCUUUGAAUGCCUGACUUUGUAAUCAUUUGUAACUUACUGUUUGAUGGAAGUGUUAAAGAUUUUAGCUUUAUACAAUACGAUGCUGUUUCAGCCCUUUUUUUUUUUUUUUUUCUUUUUAAAAGUUUUAGUUGGUUUAUGAUUGUUAGUUUCUUUGAGAACUGAUGGGAAAUUGGGAAAUGGUGUUGUGGUGUUGUCAAAUUUAGUGGCUAGGCAAUGCGGAAAAGGCCAUGGUUCAGCAAUUAUGCUGUCAAAUUUAUUUUGUUUCUUCUUAUUAAAUUUGUAAUCAGUUGUAAACUCAUUGUUUGAUGGAAGUGUUAAAGGAUUUAGCUUUAUAUAAUAAAAUGCUUUUUCAGCUGUUGUUUAUGUUUUA